AUGGUCAACCAAAACUUCGAGCUCAAACGCCGGCAGCAGGAGCUGGAGAGCAUGGUUCAGAGCUCCGAGGCGGCGACUAGCCAGCUGCAGGAACGGAAUAGCCAGCUAGAGGAGCAGAUCCGUCAGCUGCGGGAACAGAACACCAGGGCGCGAGCCGACCUGGAGGCGUCAAACGCGCGGGUAGACAGAGUAAGCGCGGAGGCAGAAGGAUUGCGUGGCGAGGUAAAAUCCAAGAGCACGGAGAUAGCGGGCCUGCGUCGCGACGCCAAGAUGGCGAGCACGGAGACGGCGAGCUUACGGCGUGAUGCCAAGACUGCCAGCGCGGAGAUCGCGAGCCUAAAGCGUGAGGCCGAGACCGCGAAGACAGAGGCAGCGAGCUUGCGGCGUGAGGCGAAAGCCGCAGCCGAAGAGGCCAAUAGCGCCCUCGCGCAGACCCGCGCCGAGGCCAAGGCGGCCACGGCGAGAGCCGAAGCGGCCGAGAAGCUCGGCGUGGAGGAGAGGGAGGCCGUCGCCCAAGCCGAAGAUGCCGCUCGCAAGGCUACCAAGGCCCUCAAGGCAGAGGCCGCCAAGGCUGCCAAGGCUGCUGCGGCCGCCAAGGCUGCUACCCAGGCCGCUGCCACCGCAAGAGCCACCGCUGCUGCUGCUAAUCAAGCGGCUGCAACCGCCAGGGCUUCCGCCGCUGCUGACGUUGCCGCCGCCUCCGCCGCUGCCGCCGCGGCUACGCAACAAGCCGAGAGCGAAACCUCACUCCGCCGGCGGUCGGACGUGCUGUCCCUUGCGGCGAGCCUAGAGGCCCUCGCUGCAGGGGGCUCUGCCGCGCGGACGGCGGACACGUCUUCCCAGCCGACCGCGGGAAAGAAGAGAGGCCGGGGAAGCGCAACACCAGGAACCGGACCCCGAACAAUCGCUGUGGAGCCAACGAACGAGACUACGGCGCCGACAGGAGCACAUUCCCGCCGCGCAGGCGGCACGGCCAGCGGCGGCGGAGGCUGCGUGGAGCUGCCGGAGCUGACCAAAGGGUUCUGCGGGUUCCUUGCGGCCUACACGGCGCAAGGCCUUCCUCUGGACGCGCUGGUCAGGCUCAUACAGGCCGCCCCUUCCACGGGCGGGCGAGGAGGGGUGGAUAAUAACGACGGAGUCGAGAGGGGCGACGUGCCGCCGCCCCCGCCCGUUACGGCCACCGAGACGGCGAAGAAAAAAUCGCGAGAGGCAGCAGCUGUGAAGCAGGGAAAAACCGCGGACUCGGUCUUGCCUCCCCCUGCUGCCGCGACCGCCACCCCUGCUCCUGCCCCCGAUGGGGAUUCACUAUCCGCCGCCCCUGCCGAUGCUGCAGCCGCUAUGACGACCCCUCCCGAGUCGGUGGUGGCCACCGCACGACCUACCACCACCCGCAGAGAGAUGCUUAACGCUCGGCGUGCGGAGAAGGAGAGGGAAGCCAGGGAGAAGGAACGCAUCCAGGAAGAGAAGGAGAGAGAGAGGGCGGAGCGCCAACGCGAGGCUAGGAAGAAGCGCAAGCAGGAGGCCGCUCUUCAGAAGACCGCCGAAGCCACUGCCCGUCAGCAGGCCGACGAAGCUAGGAAGAAGGCGGCCGAGACGGAAGCGGCAACCGCAGCGGCAGCCGCAGGGGCAGCCGCAGCAGCAACGGCACCGGCAGCGGUGUUGUCGUCCCCUGCGGUGCCAUCUAUAUCGCAAGAGCAGGAGCAGGAGCAGGAGCAACGGAGGGAAACGAAACCGCUGAGGGCACACAACACCAAGAGCAAGCGGGUGAAACCAGUCAAGCAAGCCCUGCUGCCACAGCAGCAAGCGCGGCAGCCGCACGGGCAGAAGCGGCCCGUGGGCGGUACUGAAGCAAGAAAUAGGAAGCACUCCGUGAACGCCUCCUCCUCCUCUUCCGAUGCCGCUCCCGCGGAUGAGCCAGAACUCCCGAGCGCAGCGUCGGUACAUGCAGUGGCGGCAGCGGCAGCGGUGACAGACCAUGACGAGGUGGGGGGAGCUGUCGUCGAAGAGGUACCCAUGCCCACGGGAGACAUUGAUGACAGAUUUUUCUGCGCCGAUGUAGGCGGUGUGGGCGGCAGCAACUCGGUCGGGCUUAUCAUGGGCGGCGGCGGUUGGGGUGGCGGCGACGGCGACGGGUAUGGCAUGGUCGGGGCUUGGUCGCACCAGGGGGGCGGCGCGAUCGCGGCGGUUGGAAGCGGCAGCGGCGCGGCGUUGGACUCCGGUCCCGGCGAGAAAAAGAAGAGGGGCAAGGGCAGGUCGCGCAAGCCUGAAGCCGUCGUGGAGCCGUUGAACACGGGGGCACGGAGCGUCGAGGGCGGGGAGAGCGGCGUCGAGGGUAGUGGCAAGGAAUCGGAGAAGAAAAAGAGGAGGCGAUCGAUGAGGCUGGUGAAGGCCCCGGUCAAACUCGGUGACGAAGAACCCGGAGCCGGCGGCCCCCGGAGCCCGGAGCCAGAGCUAGACCAAAGAAAGGGCCUGGUACCAAAGCUGGAACCAACACUUGCGAUCGGGCAAGGCUCGGAAAGUUCCGGCCGGGAAGCAAGUUCCGUCGACAACGCUUCCGUUUCUCAUGCCCCUUUCUCGGAGGGCGGUGCCGCCGCUGCUGCGACAGCGGCAACCUCCGCGGCUGUCAUUCCAGCGGCUGCUUCUCAGGUUGCAGCCUCUGCCUCUGCCGAGACUGUCAAACCUACAGCAGAAGCGGCGGGUGGGGCUGGUGGUGCUGCUGAUGCUGCGUCUCAAAAUCCGAGUGGUCGGACUACGGACGACGCUACCACCUCGCAGCAGCCAGCGCCGCCGUUCGCCAAGCGCAAGCCUGCGGCUCUUGCGAACUCGACGAAGUGGAUCAGAGCCAACCGCUUCCGCGGGGGGGCGACCGCUGCUACCUGUGCCACUGCUGCUGCUGCUGCUGCUGCUCCCCCGCUUUCUCGUGAGAGUCAUCCCAAGGCCACGAGCGAUUUCUUGGCCGCCGCCGCUGCUGUCGGGGCUGCCACCACGUCGCCGACGGAUAGCAUCUCCGCCACCGCCACCGCGGCUAAAAUGGCCGUAGACGACUUGUUCGACACCGCCGCUCUGCAGCUCUUGGCAGCUACGCCGCCGUCGCAACAGGCAGCGGCGACGAAGACGGCCGAAGGCGGCGGCGGCGGCGGCGGCAGGGAGAAGGCCAGAGGGGGCUGUGCAGGGGUGGGAGUUCCAGCGGGGGGAGGGCGUGUUUCUAAGCCGAAGCCGAGAGGGGGCUGCGCAGGGGAAGCUUCCAAAGCGAAGCCGAAUGCUAGGGAGGUAGAGGUAGCGGUGACUGAGGCGGUGGUGGCAGAGCGUUUGCUGCCGUAUGGGGCUGAGGUAACGGACGGUGUUACCGCGAGAGACAUCUUUGAGGCUGCCUCCUCGAGGUCUUGGGUCGGUGACGGGAGCGGGGCGGAAGGGGGGCCGCGGGGUGCGCUGACGGGAGUGCUAGCAACGGCGCGUGUCUUGAUGCAGAAGGCGUCGGGGCCGGGGGGAGCAUCUUCGUUGCAAUCGUCGGUGCCACCCGAAGCGAUGCGUCAGUUCGAAUCCUUCCUGACGACGAUAGUAGCGACGGAGGCGUGUGCCAUGAAGCACGAGCUUCGGGCAGGAACGGAAGCGGGGGAAACGGUUCCGCCAUCAGCGGGGGCGGGGGCGGCAGCGGGGACGGUGGCGGCGGCGAAGGCAGCCGAGGGAAAGAAGAAGAAGGGGGUGCGCUUCUGCGCUUUCGAUCUGUCAACCGUCGACAUGCCCACGGACGCCAUCGAGGAUUCCGACGCUGCAGCCAAGGAAGUCGCGCAGUGUCUGGCACGCGUGGUCGCCUCGUCAAAGCUCCUCCAGGAGGGCAUGCCGAAGCGCGCGAGCGGCGCCGGUGGGGCCGGGAAAGCGGCAGCGGUUGCGGACGGCGGGAUCGGCGGCGGACUAGCGUCUGCCGUGAAGGCAUUCAUGCGCGGGCUAAAAACGGUCGCGGGCGUCGCCGAGCCUGACUCGUGCCCCCUGGUCUCCAGCGUGAGAGCCGCGUGUCGUGAGCUCGGGACCGAGAUCUCGACGAAGGUUGUCAAGCGGGCUGCGGCGCUGCUGCUGGAAUCGUUUGAGGCCCUGGAAGGAGGAGCUGAGGUCCCCGCUACCAGGUGCCCGCUCAGGCAGAGGCUCGCCAUCAUGCUGUCGGCCCUCAUCAGGUUCAACCUGAGGACCCUGCUAAACCCCCCGCCUCACAAGUCCCUCUCGAGCCUCCACAUCGCUGACAGCACCGAUAAGCCCCGCAAGGUGCACGAGGUGAUUCAGCUGGUGUCGGAGGAGAGCAAGCCCGCCAGCAAGAAGGAUGCCUUCGACCCCACGAGGGACGGAGCCGCGUCCGCCGUCCUGUCGAGAGCCCUCCGACGGGUAAGGAAGGCCGUUUCGGGCCGAGCUAGAUAG